UGGGGCUGUCCCUGUCCCACCUUCCUCCCCAGGCUGUGAGCUCUCCUUUUCACCGUACAGUGCCAAGAGGAAACUGCUGCAACCCAGCUGAGCCCCUUGGCCACUUCCCGGAGUUCUUUGAAGUGGAAGAAGUACUUUGCUGAGAUGUCAUUUGGGAAUUUUCCUCAGAAAAGCCUGGAAGUGGAAAGCUUCCACACGAGGUUCAGCACCUGGACUCCUGUUAACAACCAGCCCUUAAACAGGCAGCUCUUCCAAGAAAGAGUCACUCUCAUUAGUCACUGGUUUGACCUCUGGACCAAUAAGCAACGGCAGGAAUUCUUGUUCACAAUUCUUUCACAAUGCUCUAAAUCGCAACUAAGGUUCAUCCAAGGCUGGUUUUCAGAAAGGAAGCAGGUGGCCAGGGUGGAUUUCUCGACAGUGUUACCGCGCUCCAUUUCUCUUUAUAUCUUUUCCUUCCUGAAUCCCAAAGACCUGUGUGCGGCUGCUCAAGUCAGCUGGCCCUGGAAGUUUCUAACGGAACAGGACUGCUUAUGGAUGCCCAAAUGCACUAAGUUUGGGUGGUUUCUGCCCUAUACUCCAGCUCAGAAUGAAUACGGAGCCUGGAAGCAACACUACAUUGCUUGUGUGUCCAGCUUGGAUUGGCUAACGCCCAGGGAAGCUGCUGCUGUUUAUGGAACACUGAAUGAACCCAAAACAGAGGAUGAGGAGUUCAAGGAGAGGCAAAGAGAAAAGUGCCUGAGAAAAGUCAUAUGGGAGAAAAUAGCAUUCCGUAAGAAGGAAUUAUUCAAAGCUCGGCCCCCUUGGCUGAGUGGAACGCGCUGCACCGGGUGUUUAAAGUCCAUGAGCCUGCCCAGUGGUCCUCGGAUGUGGAGAGAUGGAGCAGGAUUCUAUGAAGCUUUGGAGAGACAGCUGGUUUUGGCAUCUUUAGAUGCUUUGCCCAAACGAAGCAAUCUCUCUGGAAGUCACCCCUACCCUUUACUGUUAAAGAAAAAUCAUCAUGGGGUUGGCAGGACUGAUGACAGCUCUUCCUGUGCUUUGCAACCACAUGUCAUCCUGAUCUCAUCGAAGAUUCCCGCAUAUGAGAUGGUGGUGGAGAGCGUUAAGGUGGGUGUCGUGGCCAUGCCGUAUGAACACAGCGGUAUGACCUUGGAGGGCCUGCUUCAUCUCACAGACCGAGCUCUGCAAGGGCAGAAGGCACGGAGACUGGGGAUAUUUAGCGGUGGAAACAGCAGAGAAAUUGACUUACUCCAAGGCUAUAAGAUUUGUAUUAAAAAUUUACUGUGUCCUGAAGUGAGAGACUUCUGGGAGAAAUUGGGAAGCUGUGUGGCCACCGAAGAAGAAGGGGGACGUGUAGACUUCUUUGUGCCACUUGGAGCAUCAGAAGCAGGCAUAGAAGUUCUUUCUCAGCUGUCUCAACUAACUGGCACAUUCUUUUCUGCCCCCACUGGAAUCGCGACUGGUUCAUACCAACACAUUCUUAGUGACUGGCUGGGGCCACAGCAGGAUAGGCCGUCUCCUUCUGACUACUUCAGUGAGUCCAAGCUGCAGGCAUGGACCAGCUUCACAGACUCCCUGGAAGACACCUUGAAAUCAGUGAGGAAGGAGUUACACCCACUCUUCAAGAACUUGCAGAAGAGCAUAAGUGGCCGGAUCAUAGGGCAAUUUAUGUUUGACACUCUGAGUAUGGCCAGCAUUCUAAAUAACCAGGAUACUGCACAGGCUCUGGCGGAUGGACUGAUGGAGUUGUCAAGAGAAGGGUCUGACAAACCUCUGGAAUUUUUGUCAUAUUUUCUGCUGAGGAAAUCUAGUAAAAAGAGAGAGGGACUUGAAGGAAAUGAUAUCCUGUUAGAAUGUGACGCAAAAGUAACAUCGGAUCCACUCAUGAAGGAAAGAAGUGCCAUAGAAGGCAAUUCUCAGGACACAAAGUCUAGUCCAAGCCAAAGGGACCUGAACAUGGAAGUGCUGCUUAAGCUGGAGAGAAAGCUCCAGAUGGACUCGGUAGAGAAACGAACCCAAGUUGUGAGGGAGCUUUUACAGAGUGAGAGACAGUAUGUGCAAAUGUUGGGAAUCGUGAGGGAUGUGUACACCAGGCCCCUGAGGGCAGCACUCUCCUCAAACAGAGCCAUUCUGAGCGCCUCCAAUAUACACAUCAUUUUCUCUGAUACUCUACGCAUCUUAAAUCUCAACAGGGAAUUUCUAGAUAACCUAAGAGACAGACUACAGGAAUGGAGCCCAGUUCAGUGUGUUGGAGAAAUAUUCAUUAAGUUUGGGAGGCAGCUGAACACAUAUACCAAUUUCUUCAACAACUACCCAGUUGUUCUGAAAACCAUCGAGAAGUGCAGAGAAAUGACACCAGCGUUCAGAGCUUUCUUGAAGAGGCAUGACAAGACCAUUGUUACCAAAAUGCUGAGCCUGCCAGAGCUGCUUCUGUACCCAUCCCGGAGAUUUGAAGAAUAUAUUCACCUUCUCUAUGCUCUGAGACUCCACACUCCCACAGGACACACAGACCGUGGAGACCUGACUACUGCAAUUGAUCAAAUCAAAAAAUAUAAAGACUACAUAGAUCAGAUAAAGGAAAACAUCAAAAUGAGAGAGCAGCUAUCCGAUGUACAGACAAUCAUCUCGGGAUGCCCUACUCUAUCAGAAGUAAACAGAUACCUGAUUAAGAUCCAAGAUGUAGUUCAACUUCAUUGCUGUGACGAAACAAUGGACUUCUCUUUAAGGCUCUACGAACAGAUCCGAGAUCUCAGCCUCUUCCUCUUCAAUGAUGUACUGCUUAUUACCAGUCGGGGCACAUCUCAUACUCCAUUUGAAAGGACUUCUAAAACAACCUACCAGUUCAUUGCAUCUAUGGUCCUUCCCAGCAUGCUCAUAGAAGACAUCCCAGACUCCAAAUAUAUCAAGAAUGCAUUCAUUCUUCAAGGUUCAAAAUGUGAAUGGAUCUGUGCUACUGAGGUGGUGGAUGAUAAAUUCCUUUGGUUGUCUGUACUCCAAACCGCAAUUAGAAGCAGUAUGAAGUAAGACUAGAUUCAAAAAAGACAAGAGGGUCCUUGGAAAGUCAUAACAUGUUUUCUGCUUCAGAUCAUCUAGCAAACAGCACAUAUGUAACCAAUCAUGGGUGGUGAGGAGAUGGAAGAGCUAGGACUGCCUGUGAGGUUCCUUCUAACUUUUAAAAUGUAUGAUGAAGCCAUGAAAAAUGCAUAAGAACAAGUCUAAAAUUUUGAACCACAUCUUUUGGUAGCUACUGCUCAUGGGCAUUAUUUAAAACAAUUUGACAUGAUGAGUAAUGAGAAAAAACAUGUAGGUUUUAAAAAAUAAGUAAUGAAAAAUCAGAAUGAAUGAUGUUUAUUUCAUGAGCAUUCUAGAAAAAUACUUGAAUUUGUUUGUGAUUCACCAAUCAAUAUCAACUUUUUCAUGAAGCAAUUAAUGAUUUUAAGGGUAUGCCUAAGAAACAUAAAUGGCAGAUUUUUCGAGUAUGUGUCAAAUAAUGUGAAUGUGCCCCUUCUGAAAGCAUUAGAAAAUACCAUCUCAAAGAACUAAAACAUUCGGUGGGUUUUGUUUUGUUUUCUAGAAUUCCUACUGUUUGCUUUAAGACAAAAUUCUUAGAUCUUCACCAGGUGGUGGUGGUGGUGCACACUUUAAUCCCAGCACUCGGGAGGCAGAGG